AUGACGACGGCGCCUACCCCAGCACAAAAGACGCUGCUUGUCGGCUCGCUUGCCGCGGCGAAAGGCGGCGAAUACCAGGCGGCGGUCCAGGAUCUCGAGGCGCAGAGCAGUGUGCUCGAGACCGAGAUGGUGGACCGCAUCACGGAUAUGGCAUAUAACCCCCCCGCAUCUGCGUUUGAUGCCGCGUACGUCAUGGCACCGUACGGCGAGGUCGCGUGGGCGACGCUCCUCGGCAAGCUGCACUCCGCGCUCGCGCCUGGCGCGCAGCUCUCUGUGACGCUCUUUGACACGGCCGACGCGCAAAGCGCCGAGUCCAAAAUCCAGGCGGAGCUUGCGAUUGCGGGAUUCAGCGACAGCCGUGCGGACGGUGGCAAGCUGCGCGCGACGCGUCCCGCCGCCGCUGCCGUCUCGCUUGCGAACGGUACGAGUGGGUCGAGUGCGCUCCCCCUGCGCCGCAAGACGGGCGCGAUGCCGAACGGCACACAGCAAAAGAAGGCGUCGCUGUGGGCGACGCAGCCCGAGACGACCAUGAACCCCGAGUCGCUCCUCGCCGGUGUCCAGACCGGCGCACGCAAGCGCGAGGACUGCACGGUGGACUUGAGCGUCCCCCCCGCGCGGCGGAAGCGUGCGUGCAAGGGCUGCACCUGUGGACUACGAGAGCUGCAGGACGAGGAGGAGGCCGGCCGCUCGGUCGUCCAGCUGGACGGUGGCGAGCUGGGUGGCGAGCGCUCCGAGGUCGAGACCACCGUCACCGGCCCUGACGGCAAGCCGCGCACUGUGAAGCGUGUCCAGGUCGACACGCGCGGCGCGACGAGCAGCUGCGGCAGCUGCUUCCUGGGCGACGCAUUCCGGUGCAGCUCCUGCCCCUAUCUGGGUCUCCCCGCCUUUGAGCCGGGUCAAAAGGUCGAAAUCCCAAUCUCUAUGGACGACGAUGUUUAG